AUGUAUCUAGUUCUCUUCCUCUUUUCUUCUCCUCACAAGCUGGACUUGCAGGUGAUGGAGACUUUUAAGGCGAAGCUCGGGGCCGAUCAUCCCUACACGCUGACGAGCAUGGCCAACCUUGCUUUUACGUGGAAUAGUCAAGAUCGAUAUGAAGAUGCCCUAGCGUUGAUGCAAGAUUGUGUUGAGGCUCGGCAGCGAGUCCUCGGGCCUGAGCAUCCCUAUACGCUGUCGUCCUUGGCUACUGUGUCGAAAUGGAGUAGCUAG